AUGUUGCGGAGUAUCUUAACUCUUCCCGCAUGUUUGUUCCCCUUCCAUUUGAUCAGCUACAUACACCCUUACCUUUCCUCUUAUCCUCUUGACCAGUUUGGUAGUAUCCAUAUGCUAGAGCAGUUUCUCAUCCAUAACGUUAUGGGAAAUGACAAGUUCACAAAAUUCACAUGCACGAACAACCUACGUACAACAGUUGUACAAUAUAAGAAGUUGCAUAAUCCUAAAUCUCACCCAAACCAGAAAUUACCUCAAGGUAUAAAACUCAUAACCUCUGCCUUAAUGAAAGCACCAGGCUGGGAAUGA